AUGGCAGCGGUGGUGGCUCUGUGCCGGAAGGCGAUGGAGACCGUGAAGACUAAGGAGUUCCGAGAUUACCUGGCCAGCACGCACUUCUGGGGUCCAGUGGCCAACUGGGGCCUCCCGCUGGCCGCCUUCAGGGACAUGAGGGCAUCACCGGACAUCAUCAGUGGCCGCAUGACGACUGCGCUCAUCUUCUACUCGAUGGCCUUCAUGCGCUUCGCCUACCGUGUACAGCCUCGCAAUUUGCUGCUGAUGGCGUGUCAUGGCACCAACAUAGUGGCACAGAGUGUGCAGGCGGGCCGCUACCUGAAUUACCACUACGGCGGUGGCACCACGGCGGCCACCACUGCUGCUGUCUCUGCCGCUUCUGCCGCCGCUACCGGCUCUGUGGAUUCUUCUGCCGCCGCUACCGGCUCUGUGGAUUCUUCUGCCGCCGCUACCGGCUCUGUGGAUUCUUCUGCCACCUCUACCGGCUCUGUGGAUUCUACUGCAGCUACCACCCCUGCAGCUGAAGACCCUGUGGCUCACAGCAACUGCCAGGAGAUCACCUGCUGUUAUCUAGUGACCUGGGACUGUGAUUGA